AUGAACCGCUCCAGGUCUCUCCGCAAGCCCGCCGGCGACGUUGGCGGCGCGAACCACCACUCCCACCGGCAGGAACUAGCGGGCACGGCUGACCCGCGGACCAUUUCCCCAGCCGGUUACCCGUCAAGCCGCCGUCGGGAUCGGGCGGUCUGCAGCGCUCGGCCACCGUCACGGGGCACGACCGCCGUCGUCCUCGUCGUCCUCGACGGGGCUACCCGUGCGAGGAUCCGCUGCCGCGCGAGGAGGCGUCGGGGGCGCCACGACGACGACAACCACAGGGACGACGAUGACGAGGACGAGGACGGGGCCGUCCCACACCAGGACGAGGUCCGGCAUCGCGUCCACCGGCAGCCGGGACGCGUCCGCGCCACCCUCUCAUCCCACACGAGAGCCAAAUCCAGCGCCACCGCCCUCACCGGCGCAACCACCCUCCGGCCCCCUCCCAAUCCUCUUCCGCCUCCUCCUCCACCACCGUCACCGCCGCCGCCGCCGCCCCCGACCGCGCACCACGUCAUCCGCCCGCCCCGCGGGGACGCACCACACCCGCACAGGCUCCGCCAGCAUCACCAACUCCUCCUCCGCCGUCGCCCGCCCACCCAGCGCGACAGCCACCACUACUACUACCAGCACCGGCCCUGGCCCAACCGCCCUCCCCUCCCGCCUCAAACCCGCCUUCACCACCCUCCAGCAGCACUACUCCCCGCCAAGAACCCCGGUCCCAAGCCCCUCACAUCCACCUACCUCGCGCCCCCGUCCCCUUCCAAACUCCCCUCCAACCUCGCUCUCUCCGCCGACACCCUCCGCCUGCAAAACGAGCUCCUCCGCCUCCACCUGCUCCACCGCGCCGCCGCCCCCACCCUCGCCGCCUGGCACGCCUCCGCCCGCGCCAGCCUCUCGGCCCGCUUCGCCGCCCUCGCCCACGCCUCCGCCGACGUCGGCGCCCAAGAAGCCGCCCGCCUCGAGCUCGUCAACGCCUCCGCCCUCCUCCGCUGGGCCGGCGCUGACCCUCACCUAUCCGCCCCCUCCCUCGAGCGCAUCCUCUCCGCUUGUCGUGCUCUCGUCAACGGCAUGCGCGAGGAGCUCAGGGUCGCUGCCGACGUCGAGAGCGCCGUCAUCGCCGCUGAGCGGGAGUGGAUCACUAGCGUCAUUGCGAGCGUGGGAGACAAAAGGAUGGGGGUAGCGGUGCAGGAGCAAUUUGGAGGGCCCUGUGAAGAUGAGGAAAACGCGAUGCCGGCUCGGCAUCCAUGA